UCUCUCGCUGGUGCCGUGUGUAAGCAGCAAUACCAUUGGCUGUCGCUCAGAGUGAAGGGCUGGUUACGUGUUGCGGCGGAAAACACUUCCUCGGAAAGACGAGCGGGCGCCAUUUUCUGUUCGUGCCGCCGUCGCCGUCAUUGUUCAGUCUCUAUAGUCCGAGUGAGAUUCGUUGCUGAGUUUGCGCGAGCAAAGGUCGGGAGUCCGUUAACGGUCACCGUGUGCCUGGUCUUCUCAUAAGAGGGCUGUGAAGAUUGACGGAGCCACCAGCAGCCCGCACGCCUGGAAGCGGGGCUGUGGGCACUCCCCAUUUGGCCGUAGGGCACUCGGUAAAGGGACGGUGGCCUUCUACUCCAUGUUCCUGCAGCCUGGGGCGAACGUGUGAGCUCCUGUUACCCACCAGAAAAGCAGCGGGGGCUUCCGUGUUGGAUCCCAGACCCUUUCCAAACUUUUCUAAUGGCUACCAACCUGGGCGAGCAGCUGAAUCCUGAAUGGGUCCAGCAGUACACGGCAGGCAACACCAGAGAUAACGGAAUGGAAACGCCAAUGCAUGAAAAUCCGGAAUGGGAAAAGGCCAGACAGGCCCUGGCAACAAUCAGAAAAGACAAUACUGCAUCUGCAGGCGGCAAAGGAGCCGCAAACGCGCAGGCAAAUUCCCAGCAGUAUCCAGCACAGCCGGGCGAUGCAGCCAUGCAACAACAACAACAGCAGCAGCAGUAUUACCAGUGGUACUCCCAGUACAACUACAGCUACCCCUACAACUACUAUUACCCCAUGAAUAUGUACGGCGGUUACACGGCGCAGGCACAGUAUGGCAUGCCGGGACAGUACCAAGGCGCAGCUGCCCAACAGUCACAAGCCGGUGGCCACCUCCAAGGCAAUCAUAACCAGCCUCCUGUCCCUGGAUUGGAAGACGGCAUGUCUUAUUCCAAUCCUCAGCCUCAAGUGUCUGCAUCCAACAACCAGCCUGUAUCGCAUCACCAACACAUCAAUCAGAGUCUGACUCAGAUGUGUCUUCAAGCGUCAUCGAAUAACCAGUCUGCCCCGCAGCUUUCCUCCUCGAAUUCAAGCAACAAUUACAAUCAGCAUUCUUACAACGAGGCGCCCAACAAGAAGAAAGGCCAGCAGCUGUGGAAUCGUAUGAAACAGGCUCCUGGUUCUGGAGGUCUGAAGUUUAAUAUUCAGAAGCGUCCUCUUGUAAUGACAAAUCAGAAUUUUGGGUCUUCUGAGCACCGUGGGAAUAAUUCUGGGCAGCAGCAAACACACAUGCAUAACCAUCCAUUACAGCAAACCGAGAAGGAGCAUGAGUCCAGCAAUCCAACUGCAAAGCCAGAAGACUGGCCCACGGCCAUGAAAGAAUAUGUCCAGCGCUGCUUCACGGCUUGUGAGACGGAGGAAGAUAAAGACCGCACAGAGAAGCUGCUUAAGGAAGUCUUGCAAGCCAGGCUGCAAGAUGGAUCAGCCUACACCAUCGACUGGAGCAGAGAGCCACUGCCGGGCAAGGAUACCGUAAAAGAGAGCCCCAAGAAGAAGCGCUGGGAACCGCUUUCCCUCCAGUCCCACCGUGGAAGCACCAUUACAGUCACGCAGUCUCCCAGGGGUGGCGGGGCCAACAAUAGCAUCGGAGCCCUAAGAGGCCGCGGAAGCGCUUUUCCUACAAAGUUUGGGAACAGGAACGUCUUCAUGAAAGAAUCCAGCUCGUCCUCGAGCACAGGAUCUCGGUCAAGGUCCAGGUCGCCUUCACGCUCUCCUCACAGGAGGCACCGUCGCAGUGAUUCAGACUCUGACAGUAGCUCGUCUGGAAAUGAAAUACAUGCCGGCGGCCGAAAGAACUUCCAGAAAGGUCGUGGUCGAGGCGGACACAUGGGUCGAGGGAGGAUGCAAAGGGGCAAAAGAAAUGAUCAAGGCUUUAACAAGAAAAACCGUAAGAAGAACGCUGCCAUGGAUUUCGAGGACCCGGAUAAAGAAUUUAAAAAGGAGAAGCGAGCGGCGCGCUUCCAGCACAGCCACGGCCCCAAGAAACUACGCCUCGAGCCCCUCGUGUUACAGAUCAAUAACUUAGACUCCACGGGGUCCGAGAGCCUCGACUGGAACGAGCUAAAAAUUGUCGGCACCAGUCAGGAUAUCACCAAAACUUACUUGCGUCUGACUUGUGCUCCUGACCCAUCGACCGUGAGAUCAGUCCCGGUACUGCGAAAGUCCCUGACAAUGGUGAAGGCUCACUUCCAGGACAAGCAGGAUUACGCUUUCGCCUGCGAACAGCUAAAGUCCAUCCGCCAAGACUUAACGGUCCAAGGAAUUCGCACCGAAUUCACCGUCGAGGUGUAUGAAACGCACGCACGGAUCGCGCUGGAGAAGGGUGACCAUGAGGAAUUCAACCAGUGCCAGGCGCAGCUGAAGUCUCUGUACGCAGAAAAUCUCACUGGGAAUGUUGGCGAGUUCACGGCUUACCGAAUCUUAUACUACAUCUUCACCCAAAACUCUGGAGAUUUAACAACAGAGUUGGCGUAUCUGACCAAGGAUUCGAAAAAGGACCCGUGCGUCGGCCAUGCACUAGCCCUUCGGAACGCUUGGGCUCUUUCAAACUACCACCGCUUUUUCAAGCUUUAUCGCGAAGCCCCGCGCAUGUCUGGGUAUCUCAUCGACAAGUUUGCAGAGAGGGAGAGGAAGGCUGCCCUUAAGGCCAUGAUUAAAACUUUUCGGCCGCUGCUCCCCGUUUCCUACGUUGCGUCAGAGUUGGGCUUCGAGAACGAGGAGGAAUGCCAGACUUUCCUGGCUUCUCUGUCUCUCGUGUAUGCAGGGAACGACGCCACCAAGAUCGACUGCAAGCUGAGCUUAGCGGUCUUGCCAAACUUCUAAAUUCUCGUUUUAUAUACAUAUAUAUCUAUAUAUCCGACUACGCAAAUGUGUUGUAGAACACAUGUCUAUGCUCACACCAAGUGUGUAAAGAAGAUCACAUUCAAGAGUUUCCGUACAAAUGGCCAGCAUUUGCAAUCCCCUGCCUCUGGAUCAGAGGACAGAAUGGUGCGGCCACUUGCUUGUUAAGCAAGUUUUUUUUUUUUUUGGCAGACAGAUUCGUUUUGCCAUAAAAAAUAAAGAUUAUCUACAAAAAACCCAUCCGGUCCUGGGUGACUGUCUUCUGCUGGCGAGGAAAGUGCUAUAUCUAUUGUAUAUAUAUUUAUAUAUAGUACUUACAUCUCGGAAGCGACCGGCGUCCAACCCCAGCGUCACACUUAUCAGAUACAGUGUUAGGGUCCAACGCUCCUUGAGUUUGGUUAACAAAUAUGAAGUGUUUUCAUACCGCUUUUUAUAGAGUUUGGCUGGAGAACUUGACCCAAACGGCCAUUUUUUUAUAAAAGAAAAAUGCGUUAACAAAGCACCUUGUAGACAGAAUCCGUUGCUUGGUUUAGCUUCUGUAGGU